AGAAAAUUCAAUUAGAGUGCGCUGUUAAAGUAGAAAUUCUUUUUUGGAAAAAAUGCAUUUGUGUCCAGUCUACAUUUAUUUGGUGUUAUUUAUAAAAUAUGACCUCGCCAUUGGCGAUGAGCAUACAAAAAUCCCAGUGGGAGCCAUUUUCUAUGAAAAUGAAAAGGAAAUUGAAUUGAGUUUCGACCAUGCCUUUCGUGUGGUCAACAAUUUAAAAUUCUCCGAUCUUCAAUUUAUACCCAUCAAACGUUAUAUGCCUACCAAUGACAGUUUCCUGCUGCAACAGAUCACUUGUGAACUGAUUUCCAAUGGCGUUGCGGCUAUUUUCGGACCAAGUUCAAAGGCAGCUAGUGAUAUUGUUGCGCAAAUCGCAAACACGACCGGCAUUCCACACAUAGAAUACGAUUGGAAACUUGAGGCUACGCGGCAGGAGCACUUAAAUCACCAAAUGACAGUUAAUGUGGCCCCCUCCUUGUCAGUCCUAUCGCGUGCCUAUUACGAUAUCAUCAAAUUCAAUUACGAGUGGCGCACAUUUACCCUUAUCUAUGAAACGCCAGAGGGACUCGCUCGUUUGCAAGAUCUUAUGAAUAUUCAUGCUCUCAAUACUGACUAUGUGAAGUUGCGUAGUUUGGCCGAUUAUGUUGAGGACUUUCGCGUUCUGUGGAAGGAGGCGGAUGAAACUUUUCAUGAGCAUCGUAUUAUUUUGGACUGUGAGCCCAAAUCGCUGAAGGAGUUGCUGAAAAUCUCCGUGGACUUUAAGCUACAAGGUCCCUUUCGAAAUUGGUUUCUCACCCAUCUGGAUACACAUAGUUCGGGCCUAAAAGAUAUUUACAAUGAGGAUUUCAAGGCGAAUAUAACAUCUGUACGCCUGAAACUUGUCGAUCCGAAUCCCUACGAGCGCAAAAAGACGCGCAUCACCAAAGUGGAUCAAAUACUUGGCAGCCAAAUGAUGCUGCCCAUACUCAUCUAUGAUGCUGUAAUUUUAUUUGCCAAUUCGGCACGUAAUGUGAUCGCAUACAUGCAACAGUUCUAUACACCUAAUAGCCACUGUGGCCUCGGCCAUGGCAGUCCCUGGAUAAUGGGUGCUUAUAUAGUGCACGAGAUGAAAACCAUAUCGGAGGAUGAUGUUGAGCCGCACUUCAAAACCGAAAACAUGAAACUCAAUGAGUAUGGACAGCGAACGAGCUUCAAUCUAGAAAUCUAUAAGCCGACUGUCAAUGAGCCACUAAUGGUCUGGACACCAGAUCAUGGCAUUAAGGUCCGGCGACUGAAUCCGGAAUUGGAAAACUCAAUACCCACGCCGGAUUUCUCAACUCAGCGCAAAGUUUAUACAGUUGUCACACACCAUGAGGAGCCCUAUUUUAUGAUGAAGCAGGAUCAUGAGAAUUAUAGGGGCCAGGAAAAGUACGAAGGCUAUGCUGUGGAUCUCAUUCGAAAGCUAUCCGAGCUGAUGGAAUUCGAUUAUGAGUUCAUGAUUGUCAAUGGCAACGGCAAAUACAAUCCCGAAACCAAGCAAUGGGAUGGCAUUAUACGCAAGCUAAUUGAUCAUCACGCUCAGAUUGGUGUCUGUGAUUUGACGAUCACUCAGCUUCGUCGCUCGGCUGUGGAUUUCACAGUGCCCUUUAUGCAACUGGGGAUUAGUAUAAUGCAUUACAAGAGUCCGCCGGUGCAGAAGAAUCCGUUUGCCUUCUUGGAACCAUUUGCGCCAGAGGUGUGGAUCUAUAUGGUAUUUGCACAGUUGGUGAUGACGCUGGCCUUUGUGCUGAUUGCCAGGCUCUCCUAUCGUGAGUGGAUGCCUCCGAACCCAGCCAUAGUCGAUCCCGAUGAACUGGAGAACAUUUGGAAUGUGAAUAACAGUUGCUGGCUAAUGGUGGGCUCCAUUAUGCAACAGGGCUGCGAUAUAUUGCCGAGGGGUCCUCAUAUGCGUAUUCUGACGGGCAUGUGGUGGUUCUUUGCACUGAUGAUGCUCAGCACUUAUACAGCCAAUUUGGCAGCCUUCUUGACCAGCAACAAAUGGCAGAGCACCAUUAAGAGCUUGCAGGAUCUACUCGAUCAGGACGAAGUGAAGUUUGGUGCCAUGCGAGGUGGCAGCACCUCCUUGUUCUUCUCCGAGUCGAAUGACACGGACUAUCAGCGCGCGUGGAGUCAAAUGAAGGGCUUCAAUCCAUCCGCAUUUACCAGCAACAACAAGGAGGGCGUCGAUCGUGUGCGCAAGGAGAAGGGCAGCUAUGCCUUCCUUAUGGAGACAACUAGCAUGACUUACAACAUUGAGCGCCACUGCGAUUUGCGUCAGAUUGGCGGACAGAUUGGCGAAAAGCAUUAUGGCUUGGCAGUGCCAUUGGGCGCCGAUUAUCGCACCAAUUUGAGCGUCUCCAUACUGCAGCUGAGCGAAAAGGGGGAACUCUAUAAGCUGAAGAACAAAUGGUGGAAGAAUCACAAUGUUACCUGCGAAUCGUUUCAUGAGGUGGAUGGCGAUGAGCUGUCGAUUAUAGAGCUGGGCGGUGUUUUUUUGGUGCUCGCUGGAGGUGUGGUAACUGGCGUUAUUUUGGGCAUCUUUGAGUUUCUGUGGAAUGUGCAGAACGUGGCCGUUGAGGAGCGUGUGACACCCUGGCAGGCCCUGAAGGCGGAACUGAUCUUUGCGCUCAAGUUCUGGGUGCGCAAGAAACCCAUGCGCAUAUCCAGCAGUAGCAGCAGUGGCGGAGACAAAUCCUCCAGACGCUCCUCGGCGUCAAGGCGCAGCUCAAAGGAGAAAACACGCAGCAAAACGGCUAGUUAAUAAGCAAUAAGUUAAAUAAUUCAUUCAUUUGUUGAGUUGAAUAAACAGAGU